UGCUUGUAUUAAAUCAAUAAAUUCUUAUGUGGGUUGAAUGAAGUGCGUUGUUAUUAAAUGAAUAAAUUGUUAUUCUGUAAUCUUUGAAGCAAAUGGAUGUUCAUCCGGGACCUAUUUCCCGAGACGUUUUAGUUCUUGAAGGCGGAGUACAUAGUUCAGCCCCUGAAUUCUGGGUUCUGAGCGUUUGGAUCUUUUUCUCUUGUUUCAGGAUUGACAGUAGAGAAAGGAACACAUUUUGGUUUGCCAAUUGGAAACAGUCGAUGGUUUCAUUUGAUAGAAAGAGCUCGUAUGUCUUCCUCUAGUUUGUUCGGUAAUAUAUCACUUUAGGUAAU